GCUUCGAACAGUCGUACAGACUGAGCUCAGGGAGAAUGUCAGAUGAUCAGAAGCACAGACAAUUCAGGCAGAAGCAGGCCGGUCCCAAGGCGGAUCGCAAGAAUGCCGCAAACAAGAAGUUGGGAUCAACAGGUCAGAAUGUGAAGGCCUAUGCGCCGAACAGCGCUCGUCGUGCGGAGAGGCAGGCGAGGAGAUCUGCGGAUGUUGGGCAGAAGAAGUUGCAUGUUCCUAUGGUUGACAGAACACCGGAUGAGGCGCCGCCGGUCAUUGUUGCUGUUGUUGGCCCGCCUGGUACUGGAAAGACUACAUUGAUCAAGUCGCUCGUCAAGCGAUUCUCGAAACACUCUUUGUCCGACAUCAAGGGUCCCGUUACUGUUGUCUCCGGAAAAACCAGAAGAUUGACCUUCAUUGAAUGCGCCAACGACAUCAACUCCAUGAUCGACAUCGCCAAGGUCGCCGACCUUAUCCUCCUCCUCAUCGACGGUAACUUUGGUUUCGAAAUGGAGACGAUGGAGUUUCUCAAUAUCCUUGCGCCACACGGUAUGCCCAAGAUCAUGGGUAUCCUUACCCACUUGGACUUGUUCAAGAAGCCCGCCACUCUCAGAGCCCAGAAGAAGCGCUUAAAGCAGCGUUUCUGGACUGAAAUCUACAAUGGAGCGAAGUUGUUCUACCUUUCUGGUGUUAUCAACGGACGGUACCCCGAUCGAGAAGUUCUUAACUUGGCACGAUUCAUUUCCGUUAUGAAGUUCCGACCAUUACAAUGGAGAAAUCAGCAUCCUUACCUCCUUGCGGAUCGUUUGGAGGACCUCACUCCGCCCGAGCAGGUUCACGAGAACCCAGGAUGCGACCGCACCAUCACCCUUUACGGCUACCUUCGUGGAACCAAUCUCCCGGCUUCCGGUGCCCGUGUGCACAUUCCCGGUGUCGCUGAUCUCACGUGUGCCGAAGUCUCCAUUCUCGACGAUCCCUGCCCAGCACCCGGCGCAGCAAAGAAGCGAAGGUCACUGUCUGAGAAAGCCAAGCUCAUCUACGCGCCCAUGUCCGACGUCAACGGUGUCAUGUUCGAUAAGGACGCAGUCUACAUCAAUGUUCCCGGCAACUUUACCCGAAAGGAGAAUGAGGGAGAGUAUGAUGGGUUUGGGGAGCGGAUGAUCAUGAAUUUGCAGGACAUGAAGAAUAAGUUGGGAGAGGCUGGGGAGCAGGGGUUGAGGUUGUUUAGUGGAGGUGAUGCGUUGAAGGAGGUUAAGGAUGAUGGGCCGGCGGAUACGGGUCGUAAGGGUCGUCGUGUGCCGACAGCGUUUGCGAAUGGUGCUGCUGCUACUGCUGCUGAUGACGAUGACGAGCUCGAGGGUCUCGAUGAUGGAGAGGACGAGGAGGAGGAUGACUUUGAUGAGGAUGUUGAUGGUGAGGCGCGGAUUGGUCAGGACGAUGAGGAUCAGGAAGAGGAGGACGUUGCGUUCGCUGAGUCUGAUUCUGAUAUGGGUGAUUACUCUGAUGACGAGGAUAUUCAUGGUGCGCUGCGGUGGAAGUCUAAUAUGCGCGAGAACGCUGAGAAGAUGUUCCAUGCUAAGCGUCGUGUCGAUCUGAAUAGGUUGAUUUACGGUGAUGAUGCUCUCACUUCCGACGUCGUUAUCCGCGAGUGGCGAAAGUCGAAGGGCCUCUUGAACGAGGAAGAUAUCGAAGAGGAGGAUAUCGAGCAGGCGGAUGAGGAGGAGGACUUCUUCAAGCCUGUCGGUAAGGACGAGAAGUCUAAGAAGGAGGAAGAGUGGGUUGACAGGACUAAGGCGGACGUGAACUUGGAUGAUCUCGAUGAGUGGGAUGAUGAGCAGACUCUUGAAAGUAUCCGGAAUAGAUUCAUCACUGGCAGCUUGGCUGACCAGAAGAAGGACGGUGCUGAGACUGAUGGUGAGACUACGGCGGUCGAGGAUGAGGAUGCUGAUGAGGUAUAUGGUGAUUUCGAGGAUAUGGAGACUGGUGAGGUCUUUACUGGUGAAGGCAAGGAGUCAUCUUUGGGUGACGACAAGGUUGAAGAGGGAGAAGAGAAGACUGAGGAGAUGGAUCUCGAUGCUGAACGUGCAGCUAAUGCACGGAAGAAGGAAGAGCUUCGCUUGAGGUUCGAGGAGGAAGACCGUGGUGACAAGGAAAGCAAGGAGGACUACGACUGGCAUGAGGAGCAGAAGGCCAAGAUUGCUAAGCAGCUUGAGAUUAACAAUGCUGCGCUUGGUGAUCUUGACCCUGUCUCGCGUGCCAAGAUUGAGGGUUACCGUGCUGGUCAGUACGUUCGUCUCCUCUUCCACAAUGUCCCUGCGGAGUUUGUUCAGCACUUUGACCCCAAGUACCCCGUCGUUGUGGGUGGUCUCUUGACUACCGAGGAGAAGUUCGGUUUCUUGCAGGUGCGUAUCAAGAAGCAUAGAUGGCACAGAAAGAUUUUGAAGACGAAUGACCCGUUGGUGUUCUCUCUUGGUUGGAGACGUUUCCAGUCUAUCCCCAUUUACUCCAUCUCCGAUUCACGGACGAGAAAUCGUAUGCUCAAGUAUACGCCUGAGCAUAUGCAUUGUUUCGCUACUUUCUAUGGGCCGAUGACUGCUCCUAAUACGGGCUUCUGUGCGGUUCAGACUGUUGCGAAUAAGCUCGCGACCGGUGCCUUCCGUAUCGCGGCGACGGGUGUCGUCUUGGAUUUGGAUCAGAGUACUGAGAUUGUUAAGAAGUUGAAGUUGACUGGUGAGCCUACCAAGGUCUACAAGAACACUGCGUUCAUCAAGAACAUGUUCAACUCUGCUCUUGAGGUCGCCAAGUUUGAGGGUGCGAACAUCCGCACUGUUUCUGGUAUCCGUGGUCAGAUCAAGAAGGCACUUGGUAAGCCUGAGGGUCAAUUCCGUGCUACUUUCGAGGAUAAGAUCUUGAUGAAGGAUAUUGUCUUCUUGAGAGCAUGGUACCCUGUCAAGCCUCGCAAGUUCUACAACCCUGUCACUUCCCUCUUGUUGCAGGACAAGACUGCGUGGGAGGGUAUGAGGUUGACUGGUGCAGUGAGAAGGGAAAUGGCCGUCGCUACCCCACUUCCUGCCAACUCCCAGUACCGUCCUGUCGAGCGGAAGACUCGCAAGUUCAACCCUCUUAAGGUCCCUCGUGCUUUGCAGGCUGCUUUGCCAUACGCAUCUAAGCCUCGUAUCAUGAACGCGCAGAAGAAGCCGACGUAUAUGCAGAAGCGUGCCGUCAUCGUCACCGACUCUGCUGAACGUAAGGCUAGGGACUUGAUGCAGAAGGUGCACACCCUCAACGCGGACAAAACCCGCAAGAGGAAGGAGAAGCAGGAGGAGCGCAGGGGGGUCUACAGGAAGAAGGUCGAGGAGGGUUUGGUGAAGAAGGUUGCAAGGGAAAAGAAGGAGACGAAGCAGUACUUUGAGAAGCAGAGGAAGAGGGGUAUCCACAGCGAAGGUGGAGGUGGCAAGAGGCAGAGGACUGACUAAAACUACACAUUCACUUCGGC